AUGAAUAUUUCCAUAUACCUAUAUGAGGAAUCAAAAAAUUCAUUUAGAAUGUUUCUUGAAAGCCAUAUAAAUCUGAAAAAUAUUGUGAAUGAUCCAUACUUGUUUAUGUCUUUGGAAAACGGCUGUAAUCAAAAAUUGGGGCUUAAUGUAGAGAUUGGGUUCUUAAAGAAUGUCUUACAACUUGCAGAAACGUGUUGUCUUAAUGCUGGUACAGCAUUAGGUUUUGAUCCGUUAGAAGAGAAUUCUCAAAAAGAUAUUCAAGCAACAAUAGAAACAAAUGUUUAUGGUCUAAUCUAUAUGACUCAAGCUGUAUUACCAAAAAUGAAGGAACGAGAUUCAGGGGAUAUUAUUAAUAUGGGAAGCAUUUCUGGGAAACGAAGUCAUGGAUUCGGAAAUGCUGGUUCGAAAUUUGCUAUUGAAGGAAUUACUGAGUCUCUAAGGAAAGAACUUUUAUCAACCAAAAUCCGAGUUGUUUUGGUUAGACCAGGUGCGGUUAAAAGUGAAUUUACACUGGUUAGAAGUUAUGGAAACGCUGAAUUUUCGAAUGCUUAUUAUUCGGGUUUCGAACCUCUCAUUCCUCAAGAUGUUGCUGAAUGUGUAGUGUUUGUAGCUGCCAGACCAACAAAUGUCGUGGUAUCAGAGAUAGAAAUACUGCCAAAUGCACAGGCUGAUGCUCAGAGUUUACGUAUAGAAAAUUCUGAUUAUAUGAAAACUUUAGCAGAAAUAUAUAAAAAAAAAUGA